CCAAACCCUAUCAUAUUAUAAUUCGCCAUAACAAAAACUCUAGAGGUUAAGAGUAAUAAAUAUAGCUACAAAAGUCUAAAACCCUCUUUUGGUUACCCAUUUUCCUCUACUACUGCUACAACUUUGUACCAUUAAAAAGGCCUUCGCAAUUCACAUACCCCCUCUCCCCUAUAACUUGCUCUACACUCGAAGGGAAAAAAAAAAAAUCACACACCAAAAUCCAUCAUUUUUUUGUUUCUUAAAGAAACAUACCACAACACCAUAAAUUCCUUUGUUUAUAUUUCUUCAUCGCUAUACUAACGUAAACCAUUAAAAAAAAAUAUGUCUCCAAAAUAUUGGCUGCUUUCUUGCAUUGCUUUAAUUUCUUCAUUUUACUUUGCUUAUGCUGAAGAUCCUUACAAGUACUUCGACUGGCAUGUCAACUAUGGCCAUGUUUAUCCCCUUGGCGUUCAACAACGGGGAAUACUUAUCAACAACCAGUUUCCUGGUCCAGAUAUAAUUUCUGUCACAAAUGAUAAUCUUAUCAUUAACGUCCAUAAUCACUUGGAUGAGCCCUUUCUCAUUAGCUGGGAUGGGAUUCAACAGAGAAAGAAUUCAUUUGAAGAUGGGGUGUAUGGAACCACUUGUCCAAUUCCUCCGGGACAAAAUUUUACCUACAAACUACAAGUGAAGGAUCAAAUUGGGUCCUUCUUUUACUUCCCUUCUACAGCCUUUCACAAGGCCGCUGGUGGAUUUGGAGGAAUUAGAGUCCUUAGCAGGCCUCGUAUUCCUGUCCCAUUUCCUCCUCCUACUGACGAUUAUACCCUUCUAAUUGGUGAUUGGUACAAAAAGGAUCACACGAAAUUGAAGGCAAUUUUGGACCAUGGAAAGAAGCUUCCCUUCACUGAUGGGAUUCACAUCAAUGGGCGACGAGCGAAUAACGCAAUUUUCGCAGUUGAAAAGGGCAAAACAUAUAGAUUUAGAAUAUCAAAUGUUGGACUUCAAGACACACUCAACAUUCGAUUUCAAGGCCAUAAGAUGAAACUAGUAGAAGUUGAAGGGACCCACACCAUGCAGCAAGAGUAUUCAUCAUUGGAUAUCCACGUAGGUCAAUCUUACUCUGUCUUAAUCACAGCGGAUCAAGAAGUCAAAGACUACUACAUUGCAGUGUCAACUAGAUUCCAAAAUGUAAUCCAUACAACCACCGGAGUCCUCCACUAUCAGGGCUCCAACCGACCGGUUUCCGGCCCUCCUCCUGGUGGGCCAACCACCGAGAUCGGCUGGUCUAUUGAACAAGCACGUACAAUAAGGACUAAUCUAACAGCAAGUGGACCAAGGCCAAACCCACAAGGAUCCUACCACUAUGGAGAAAUCCCACUGGAUAGAACAAUCAAGCUAGUGAGCUCUGCAGCUCAAGUGAAUGGAAAACAAAGAUAUGCUGUGAAUAGUGUUUCUUUCAUUCCGGCAGAUACUCCUCUUAAGUUAGCUGAUUACUUCAACAUUCAUGGUGUAUUUCAAGUCAACAGCAUUCCUGAUCACCCAACAGGUAAAAGUAUGUACCUUGACACAGGAGUGUUGGGUGCUGAUUACAGGACAUUUGUAGAGAUUGUGUUUGAGAACAAAGAGAACAUUGUUCAAAGUUUGCACCUUGAUGGCUACAACUUCUUUGUUGUUGGAAUGGAUGGCGGAAAAUGGUCACCGGACAAGCGGAAACAGUACAACCUACAUGACGCGAUUGCGCGUUGCACUGUGCAGGUAUAUCCAAAAGCAUGGACCGCAGUGUAUGUGGCGUUGGAUAAUGUUGGAAUGUGGAAUGUAAGGACUCAAUAUUGGGCACGUCAAUACUUGGGACAACAAUUUUACUUGAGAGUUUAUACGCCUUCACGUUCACCUAGGGAUGAAUAUCCAAUCCCUGAUAAUGCCCUUCUAUGUGGCAAGGCUCUUAAAACAAGGUGAUCUUUUAUAGUUACCAAAAUUACUAUGUAAUCUAUAAUGGAAAUCUACCUAUUUAUAUGAGGGGAGGGACUUAAUUAUUAUGAUGUAUGUACCAAAAAAAAAAAAAAAAAAAAAGGUGUGAUUUGUGUGAUCCCUUCUUGGGAUCUUUGAUUCUUUGUAGUGACUUGAAAUUUUAAUCUGCUUAAUUUGGCAAACAACUUGAAUGCCAGCUUAAUGAAUAUCUUACUCUGUUUAACUUGUUCAUCUA